AACAGCUGAGAAAUUAAAAUACAUUGCUAGGUAAUAUGCUCAAGAGAGGUGGUGUAACAAUUUCAAUGUUGUCAAAUUCUACAAUGUUGGUAGGGUUGUGCCGUCCUCAGCGGCGGCGGCUCCGGCGGCGGAGAGGCAGCAGCAUCCGGCUAGGGAACAGGAGAAGAGGGUUCUGCCUUGGAUCACGUCCAGUGGUGCAAUGGGGUGUCAUGGCUCCUCUUAGGAUGUUAAAGAAGAUCAUCAUGGAAAUUACACCAAAGGGGCAUUGGUUAGAGGCUUAUUGUUGGUCUCUACCUCUUUUACGCCCACAACUAUUCCCCCUUUGUUAACCACAAGUAAUGGAUUUCAUCUCCUCUCAUUUCUUUUUCCUCUCUCCUCUCCGUCAAAAAUGUGAAAAGUAAAAGUGCAUAACUAAAAAGAAUGAUUCUACAAGUCUUGGUACGUAAGGGAAAAUAUCUUGUCACAAGAAGUUGUACUGAUCUUGGGGAAAGAAUCCAGUAUAUACAUUAUAUUUUGUAAACCUUCAUGUAAAAUGUCAAAACGACUGAUUACUCGUUUUACUUUAGUGUAAUGAUCUAUUUUCGUGUUUUUUUUUUUUGUUGCAUGUUGAAUGUGCACUUGAUAAUGUUUUUACUGAAGUUAUUGGUUUAUAUGUUGGGAUUAUGCACGUU